AGUUAGUUGAGGCGACCGUUCUCUCUCGCUGUUACCCCACAUGAUGACACCGACUUAAAAAAUGCCCCGCUCUCCAUUUUUACCUUCUUAACCUCCACCUCCUCCUCUCCCUCUCUUCAUAUACCCUCUCUUCCUCUCUCUCUAUCGUCUCUCCAACGUCACUAAACCAAGAUGAGAGAGAUCUUGCACAUUCAAGGAGGCCAAUGCGGGAACCAAAUUGGCUCCAAAUUCUGGGAAGUGAUCUGUAACGAGCAUGGCGUGGAUCCCAUUGGAAAGUACAAUGGCGACGGGGACUCGGAUCUCCAACUGGAGCGGAUCAAUGUGUAUUACAAUGAGGCCUCCGGUGGAAGGUACGUGCCUCGGGCUGUUCUCAUGGACCUUGAACCGGGAACCAUGGACAGUAUCAGAUCCGGUCCCUAUGGGAGGAUCUUCCGGCCGGAUAACUUUGUGUUUGGACAGUCUGGUGCUGGCAAUAACUGGGCGAAAGGUCACUACACCGAGGGAGCGGAAUUGAUCGAUGCCGUUCUUGAUGUUGUACGUAAAGAGGCGGAGAACUGCGAUUGUUUGCAAGGCUUUCAAGUAUGUCACUCACUUGGAGGAGGCACAGGCUCUGGAAUGGGAACUCUUCUCAUAUCAAAGAUCAGAGAGGAAUACCCUGACAGGAUGAUGAUGACCUUCUCUGUAUUCCCUUCUCCAAAGGUCUCAGACACGGUUGUAGAGCCAUAUAAUGCCACCCUCUCUGUGCACCAGUUGGUAGAGAAUGCUGAUGAAUGCAUGGUUCUUGAUAACGAAGCCCUGUAUGACAUCUGCUUCCGGACUUUAAAGCUCAGCACUCCAAGCUUUGGUGACUUGAACCACUUGAUCUCUGAGACUAUGAGUGGUGUUACAUGCUGCCUGAGGUUCCCUGGACAGCUGAACUCAGACCUUAGGAAACUGGCUGUGAACUUGAUCCCGUUCCCACGGCUACACUUCUUCAUGGUGGGAUUCGCCCCACUCACCUCUCGUGGAUCGCAGCAAUACAUUUCCCUCACUGUUCCAGAGCUGACUCAGCAAAUGUGGGAUGCAAAGAACAUGAUGUGUGCUGCUGACCCCCGCCAUGGGCGCUACCUAACAGCCUCAGCCAUGUUUAGGGGAAAGAUGAGCACCAAAGAAGUGGAUGAGCAGAUGAUUAAUAUACAGAACAAGAAUUCAUCGUACUUUGUGGAGUGGAUUCCAAACAAUGUGAAGUCAAGUGUGUGUGAUAUUCCACCAACAGGUCUAAAGAUGGCAUCAACCUUUGUGGGGAACUCCACUUCAAUCCAAGAAAUGUUUAGGAGGGUGAGUGAGCAGUUUACGGCCAUGUUUCGGCGCAAGGCCUUCUUGCACUGGUACACUGGCGAAGGGAUGGAUGAGAUGGAAUUCACCGAGGCAGAGAGCAACAUGAAUGAUUUGGUGGCGGAGUACCAACAAUACCAGGAUGCAACUGUUGACGAUGAAGGUGAGUAUGAUGAGGAGGGAAUUGACGAGAGUGAGGAGGCCUAAUAAGUGUACAAAUUUGCGACAUUGCCUUCUCAAUUACUUGGCUUAUGCUGUGAUUAUCUUUCUCCUGCCCAUGUAUCUAUUACUACAACACUUGCGGGUCUGUUUUAUGAUUGUUUUCCUUUGAUGUUUGAAUUCUUGAGAUGUUAUUGAUUGUUCUUCAAUUCAAGCAUUUGUUUUCCUUUGAUGUUUGAA